UUUGUAUUCUUUUUUCACCUCAUUUUCUGUAGAAGAUAUAUUUUUUUGUUCGUUUUUGCAUGUUGUAUGCUGCUUCUACUCCUAGUUUUGUUUUUUUUUUUUUUUUUAAUAUGCAGAAUAUAAACAGAGCAUUGCUGGGUAAUGAGAGGGCAACUGCCAAGCUGCUCUUUAAUCUAAUGAAAUCGGAGCUUGAGAAAGAAAAAUUGCAUCAACUGAAGUGGCAAGAGAGAGUCAAGGACUGGAAGCUCAUCCAAAAGAACUGUGUUAUUCAGAGCUUCAGAGAAUUUAUGGCAAGUGAAGAAGUACAGAAUCCCCCAGCUGUGGAAAUGGAAAAUAUGAUUAAGGAGCAAAUUGUACUUGGUGAACAGAGACUGAGGGUUUUGCAGCAUAUUGGUGCCUUGCUGCCUCCAACACAUACAAAAUCUGACUUAAAUGAAUGGUACAGAACUCUGGAGAAUUUAAACACAAGUAUAGACACCCAUAGUGCAGAGUUUGUGGAGAAAUUGCGUGUCCAGUAUGAGCUGGUGCAGGGCAAAUGUCAGGAAAAAGUGCAGACCUGCAAGAUGACCCUGUUGGAUAAGAACAUUUGCACAGUAGAAGAUGUUGAAAUUGUACAUUCCAACAUGCUUCAGAUGACUGAGAAACUAAAACACAGGUUUGAAGAAGAACUGGAGCACAUGGAUAGUGAUUUUAAGGAGAUGGCUAAAUGGCAUGAGCAGCAUUGUCAAGGCUUGUACAGCUGUGUUCAGGAGGCCAUGGGUCUGUGGGAUGUCCAUCUACUCAAACUGUCACAGCAGGAAGAUGUACUUGAGGAAAAAGUAGAUAAAUACAGAUUGGAACAGGAUGACAUAAUACAGGUGAUGAAAGAUGAGCUGGAUACAAUUUUGGAAAAAAUGAAAAUGGCAAGCUGUGAAGAAGAGCUGAAGGAAUAUUUAGAGAAUGCCCUUUCUUCUCUAGAUCAAAUUAGAGCUAGUGAUCUUCAAUUUGACAGGAAUGAGACAUUCAGGCAGAUUGUAAUGAAUGAAGUAAUGGCUUAUCCAAAAGCUAUUUUGUGGGAGUUGAUUUCUUAUAGUAUAUCCAUCAGCCAGCAUUUUAAUGUGAAGGAAAUCUUCAAACAGAACUUGCAAGACACAAUAGACUCCACAGUUCAAGAUCAAAAUAAUACCUCAACAGUCCAAACAGGGCUCGAGGCAAGGACAUCCCAGCCCAGAGCAGAGCAGGACGAUCACCUCUGUCAGCUGGUGCCAGAAGAUGGGGACAGUUGUCAAAAAUCAGCUGGAGAAAAAAAGCUAACAGAGAAACGGGUGAUCUUGGCACAGGAAAUUGAAGAAACAGAGGAAGAAGAAGAUGAGGAGAGUAUUCCUCAUAAAAGUGAAGAAAAUGAGCAUGCAGAACAGGGACUAAGCAUUACACAGUCAGUGUCCAAGAGCAGCGAGGCAGAAAGUGCUGAAAUUGCCACUGCUAGUGGAAACAUUUAUACUGUUCUUGGAGUUGAAGAGGCAGGAAAGACUGACAUCACAGAGAGUUAUUUUACAAAAUAUGAAAAAGAAGAAUCACUUCCUAUGUACCUGAAAUACGUACUUCUCACAGAAGCCGUGUUUGUUGAACUGAAAAAAAGGAUUCGCCUCUGCUUUUUUGAACACUUGGAGGAAUGGUUUGCAGAAUCCUUGUCCAACUCCUAUGCCUCUGUAGCUGCCAAGAAAGAAGAGCUGAAUUCAAUACUUAUGCUGCAUCUUAAGUUGCAUCAACAAAAGCAGGAGGAGAUACAGAGCAUCUGCAAUGCUCGAGCUGAGGAGCUGUCACUUCACAAAGAGCACCUUGAGCGCCACUGUGCAGUGCUGCUGGAAGGCCUGAAAAAGGAGAAGGCUGAAUUCCUCCGAUUUUCAGAUCACCUAAAUAACCUCAACACGAACUUUAAUUCCCGAGUCCAUAACUUGGAGUAUGACUUGCUCCACGCUCCUGUGACUGAACAGUCAGCUUCUUCCAGCAGGAAUCUGGAAUCAGAGCUCCACAACCAUCUGGAAUGGAUCAGUGUUACUGUGAGAAGUUACCAGCAGCACUUGGAGCAAGCUUUAGGAAAAUUAAGGGAUUCAAAUGUGGGUUUUCUCAAAAGUUGCAGAUUAUUUUCAGAGAGUGGUGACUUUGCAUCUGAGGAGGUAAAGUUUUUCAACGAGUGUCUUCAGGAAGAAAGUAAGCAAAUUGACUCCUUUGAAAGUUCAAUCAAGACAGAUGUGGAGAAAAUAAAAUCGAGCUGCUUGGAGCAGGCUACUGAACUUUUCAAGCAGUCUGGAAAAAAGUUUGUUUCUCUGUCUCUGAGUCGAGCCUUUAUGGAGAAGGUCCAUCAAUAUUUGAGAAAGCUACGACAGCAAAUCAAAUCAGAGGUAGCGAAUUCCAAUUUGCAGUCAGUCACAUUAAAGUCUUACCUGGAAAAGCUCCAGCAGAAGAGAGAUGCUUAUGUUCAUUCUACUGCAGAUAAAGAAGUAACUUCUAAUCAGCACGACAUGGCUUUAACUUCUGAAGAGUUGUAUGCUUUUGCCAAAGAAGUGUUGGAAGAGCUGAAAAAGAGGAGCAAGUAUCUUGAUUGCUUUGUCGUAAAACCAAAGAUGCCAUGUGCCACUGAGGCCUUCACCACUCCUGACACGAAUGGGAUGUUACAAGAUUUCAUUGCUCCUGCUGUUCCAAAAGAGAGUCUCGGAGAUGAGAGCAAAAGGAUGGUGAUGGGACUGGAUCCUGACAAAUUCCCUUUGUUGAAUCCAAGUGGAAUGGAUACAUCAAUAUUUAAUGAUUUGGCAAUAAAAGUUAUUGAAAAUUUAGCUGGAUUUGAUCCAUCAAAAAAAUACCAAGACCUAAAUUGGGGGAAAAAAGAAUCCAGGUCUAGCAUGGUCCAGAAGAAGUUAUCUGAUGUAUAUUCUCAGAAGUCUACUAGCAAGGGGUCAUCUCGGGAUGAAACCAAGAGAAAAAAAAGUGAAAAAGGCAGAAAAUCUCUUACCAAGGAGGAAAGAUCCCAGAUAUUUGGAAAGAAGCCUACAAAGUCUGAUACUUUUAAGGGGAUUAUUAUGAAUAUUCUUUGGAAUGGUAACAACACCUUGCUCUGCCUUGGUGAGGAGUUCUGUGGAGAAAAGAAGAAUCCUCAUAUGGGAAUGCUUGAAGAUCUGCCAGACACAUUUGAACACUGGGCAGAAAUGCUCAGAGUGAAACUUCUGUCAUACCAAAGGCAGACAGAUGAUUCCUACAAUUUCUGUCUUAGAGAAUUUCAGGAUCAGCUGAAGUGGUUUGAGGAGGAGCUCUCUUCUGUUUCCCAACUGGUCGUGGAAAGUCUUUUAAAAGAACAUGAGCAGAAGCUCAGCUCUUGUACUGGUCAUAUUCAGCAUCUCUUCAAUAGGCAGCUGAAAGACUGGGGGGAUGUGAAGACUGUGCACAGGAGAAAAUUACAUUACUCCCUAGGACACCCAAAUAACUCCCUUCAGCUGGAGGUUUUGUGCCAAGAGGAAAUAAAAAGGCAAAAAGAUCAAACUGAUGGGGUUCACCUCAAUACAAAGAUGUUGCAGGAUUGUGUUGCUGAGUGUGCUCAGAGCUUUUUUUCUGCACUGGCUGCCCUCACUGAAAAGCUCCUCUUGGAACUAGAUGAAAUCAUCACUGUUGAUGAUGUAAAAGUAGCAGGAACUGAAAUACCUACAGAGAAGAUGCCAACUUUAAUGUGUCGUAAACAAACUGAACUUCCUCUAGGAACCUCCAGAGUUCAACAGUUAGUCAAACGAGGAAGGAGGACUUGGCCAGGAAUACCCGAGACUACUGUUCCUGACACUCCAGAGUAUAUUCUUUGCAGAGGAACUGCAUCAGUUUCAACAGCUAAGACUACCCUGAGCCAUUUGGCAGUGGUGGAUGCAAGACAGGCUGCAUAUAAGGAAUACAGAAGUAAAGUUGAACAGAUGUUUGUCCAGAUCAAGGAAGAAAGUGCAGCUCAGCUGUUGGCAAUUCAGCGUUGGAGCGAUUGGUGGGAAGAAUCUGUUCGGAAGAUAAAGCGACUCUACAUCUGAGAUCAGUCAAAUUUUGCUGAGCUUUGUUGGUGUAAAUUGACAAAUUUGUAUGAAUGUCAUUGAUAUUUUUUUUCUUCUAUUAAUCUGUUGCAUUGAAAAAAGCUA